AGUGACAAUUCCCUAAUUAUUUGGCAGGCAGUGGUAUGGGGUAGUAAAUCGUUGGAUUUAAUUCUAAGGGUUGCCCCAUUCAGAGUGACAAUGUUCAAGGCAUUCUUUAGAAGGGGAUCUUUUGAUCCAUUAUCAAGUGAGGUUGACGAACUAACUGACUUGGACAAGUUGUACAUGGCUUUAGCUGAAACUGGUCUAGAGUACGUGUGCGACUUUGAUGCACUUUGCUACAGUCUCAAUAUUACCAGUCUAAAAGCCUUAGCAGAGUACAAUGCAGCAGGCAGCACUGUUUUAGCUUCUGAAAAAAUCUUAAAGCUGAAGAGAGAAAUAAAAAGUAAACACCUCAACUUCAAAGAUCUUUCCAUUAAGAGAUACAAACAAAGUAAGGUUUUUAAGACUUGCAAAAUGAAGCAAAUUCCGGUUAUUUCCAAGAAAGACAUAGUCGUUACUCGCACCUUGCAGCAGGGUCUAUUUAAGGGACAAGUAUGCGAGGCCUUGUUGACUUUGCCGAAUGGAAGACAGGAAAAGGUUUGUCUUCGGUAUCAAACAUCUGAAGAUCAACACUUCCUGCACCAAGCAGACAUUGCAAAUCGACUUCGUCAUGAGAAUAUUCUCGAUUUUUACGGCGUGGUUAUUGCUAGUUCUUAUUCAUCAUCCGUGGCAUUAGUAGAGGAAUUUGGGGAGUAUGGAAACCUCAAAGAAUCAGCAACGAAUCAUAGUAUUGAAAGCCUGUGUAGAUUUACAAUUCAGGCAGCAACGGCUCUUGAAUACUUGGAGAAACGAAAUGUUGUCCAUCAGUCAGUCAAUUGGUUUAAUAUUAUGGUUGUUGCUGGUUAUCAACUAAAACUUACUGGCAUUGGGGCUUGUUUGUUUGAAAACGACCCGAAAAGUUUUAUCAUCAAGUUAUCUCGUGAACAGGCACAACCAAACGUACUAAAGACAUUUUUAAUCAUGUCGGGUAAACGUAAGCAAUGGGACGACUACAAGAAGCGCCAAGGAAAGAGACGGGCUGAUGAGAAAGAUUCAAGAUAUGGCUAUAUGUGCCCUUCUCAUUUUUGUGAUGUGUUUCAUCGUUGUUUCCUUGACAACGUGCACCAGCGACCUUCCUUCUCAGAAAUCAGGCAAUCUCUCAUAGCACAGGAGUGCCCAUCUAAAGUGAAGGUUAUUGGAAGAUUUCUUGCGCCAGAAGGAGGAUUUCUCACAUGUGAUACGGGAGAAGUUAUUACUCUUAUAUCUAAGAAAAGACACAUGAAGUACAAAAACGCUUGGUUAGGUGCCACACAAAGUGGUAAAGUAGGAUUUAUCUGGAAGGAGUUUGUUCAGGAAACAUUGGAUAAGAAUGUUGAUGGCUCUGUUAUGCCACUAGAGAUUCAGGCACGAGGUCCAAGAGCUGAACUAGCCUUUCAGAAGGCAUUGCAGAAUGGCAAGGUGCAAGUUUUCCGAGGUCGCAUCAUGAUACUCGGCCAGGACCGCGCGGGGAAAACAAGUCUUAAGAAAUCUCUGCUCGGCAUGCCCUUUAAUCCCGAGGAAGAGAGCACUGUAGGGGUCGAAGUUGACCCAUCCAAGUGCGAAGUGGAUGUGGAUCAAGUAACGAAUUGGCAGCGCACAGAGCACACGAAACUGGAUGUUUCUCAUUUUGUUGAAGACAUAGCAAGAAUAGUUGCUAAAGACUUAAAGGAAACAGAAGAAGAGCCGAAGAAGACAAAAGAUGUCCCUUCGUUUUUGGAGCAGGGAUAUAGCGACGGGGUAGUAGCUGACAAUCUAAUGCCUGUAACUACGACGGAUUCAAAUACCUUAAACAAUUUAUCGCCACGAAGAAAAGAAGAUGUACCGGAAACCAGCCAAGCUGAGGGGGAUAUUCAACUGAGAGUUGACAACAAUUCAGAAUUACAGAAUGAUGUCACGGAACUGGUUGUGCAGUAUUUGCAGGCUUUGAGAUUAGAAGAUCACAUAAAGACGAAAGAAACCAGUUUUACUCUCUGGGAUUUCGCUGGGCAGCAUCUGUACUACGCCUCGCACUCAGUAUUCCUUUCUCCUCGAGCUGUUUAUGCCUUGGUUUACAACCUGAGCAAAGAUCUGAAUGCUCCCGCUGAACUUCGAGUGAAACAGGGUAUUCAUGAUAUCGUCCUUGAAGAACAAAGUAGUGAGACAAAUUUGGAGAGUUUGCUAUCGUGGUUGUGUUCCAUUCACAGUGUUCACGUAGCAGCCGCAGAACCAGGCAAUGAACAGCAAGAGAAACGGUCUUACCUUCGCCCACCAGUGUUCAUCAUAGGUACUAAUGCUGAUAGACCUUUUGAUGAUGUCAUGAAAAUGGAAAAGAGUAUUCAAAAGAAUAUUUCGGGGAAAGUUUACGAGGAGCACGUGAUCAGGCCAUUCUUUGCGGUUGAUAACACACGAUCGAUGGGCGAUGAUGGUGUUCAAGCGCUGCAGCAGAGGAUCAUGGAUGUUUUCAAACAAGAGCCGUACAUGGGUGAAGAGAUUCCAAUAAGGUGGUUCAACUUCGAGAAAAUUAUCGAAGCUUUGGUGGCAAAGGGAACCUUCCACAUGGAUUUUGAUCGGCUUCAAACAGUCACCAAGAGAGUUUGCCAAAUAGAUGACAAGGAAGAAAUGGACGCCAUGUUAAAUUUCUAUCAUGACUUGGGAGUGGUCGUGAAACAUGGCCGGACGGUUGUCCUGCAUGCACAGUGGCUGAUCGACCUUUUCAAGAAAUUGAUAACCGUGAGGCCGUUUGACGAAAUGAAUCCUCUGUAUUCAAAAUGUUGGCAUGAACUUGAAGCAAGUGGUAUUCUAAAGAUGACUCUUGUAGAUCACGUUUUCUCUGAUCUCAUCCAGAGAGGGCUUUCCAAAGAAGACAUUUUGGACAUGAUGGAGCUGUACGGCUUGAUUGCUAAAUUUUCCUUCUCCCCAGUUUCUUCCGAAGAUGAGCAGAGAUACUUUGUUCCAGCCCAGUUAAGAUCAUCCCCAGCAGGUCUCUGUGAGAUAAAGACAUCUGGCAAUGAUCCGUGCCCUUUGUAUCUUCAUUUCCUUGAUGGUUUUGUACCUCGUGGGUUGUUUCCUCAACUUCUGUCUAAAUUUAUCCGCUGGUCUUCAGAGCGUAGUCCUAAUCGAGCUCCAAAUCUAUAUCAUAAUGGUGCGCGGCUUUUCAUUGGAAUGAAGAGUAUUUGCUGUCUCGUCCUCAUCUGCAAAAAACGAUUAAUCAAGAUCAUGUUGAAACAAGGAAAUCCUUUGAAUACUUGGUUCAUGAAUGUUGCCCAGGAGGUUCGCAUGUAUCUUGAAGAUAGCUUGCGAGAGCUGAGCCGCGAAGUGCCAUGCCUACGCAACCUGAAGUACGAACUGUGUGUUGGAUGCCCCAGUUGCUUAACCAGCGGAGAGGAGUGUGCUAAGCAUAAGUCAGUGGACUGUGCUCACGAAGAUUGUGUCCAUCUUCUCCGAGUAAUUCCAGAGGAGCAGCUAUUUUGUCCAAAAACCUUCAACGAUGAAGCACUUAAAUUUCAUGGACUGGACGACUGGUUCCAUUUUAAUAAAACUAAGAAUGAAGAACAGCUGCAGAUAAUGAAUCCGGAAGAUUCUGAAGCGCUCCAGCGAGCUUACCCUUGCAAAACAGGCACACCUUCAACAGAUGACCUCCUCCUUCUCGCUUUUGAGUUGGGUUCAUCGUGGAAGAUGCUGGGUAGGAAACUCUCUCUUCCUGAAGCAGUGCUGGAGCAAAUAGAGGAGGACAACCCCAAGCUGAAUGAAAAAUGUUUCAGUGUGUUGAGACGAUGGACUGAGAUGUUUGGCUCUUCGGCUACCUACGAGUCUCUGGCACAAGCUUUGGAGCACCCCACGGUGGAUCGAGAGGCGCUAGCUGUCAAAUACUGCGACUUCCCAGGAGAUGUUUACAGUGGUAAAUAAAAACGAGCAAGGACAAAAAGAAUUUUUUUUAAUUAUUUUUUAUACUUUUAAGCUUUGAUAGAGAUAUAUGCCACAAGAAUUGCGUGAUAUUUAUCUCCACCAACAAAGACUACUUUCAAAAAUUUCAUAAUGACCUUUUUGCGUUUAAAGGCUAUAACGAAAACUUUUCGAAAAUUGUCUGUAGAUGUGUACAAAAUUUCGAAAACGAUCCCGCUAACCUAGAAAAAACUCAGCAGUUUAGCUGUAAAGGCAUACGGUCUCUGAAUUCAACCAUAAGGCAGAGAAAUGAAAGUCAUGGUUCACAAAAACCACUGCCUAGGCCAAGUGGAAAGGCUGCUAAGAAUUAUUCAAGAUGGCGGCGUCCUUGAUCAAAUUUUAUCAAGUUUUCUGGUUUGUAUCGUCAAUCUUCAUGCGGAUUAAAUCGAGGACGGAUAAAUUCUGCGGCGUAAAGUGUCUCAACUAGCCUUAUCAUUGUAUGCACAGCAAAGGCAGCGCUUGCUGUUUACUACUAAGAGAGUUCUUCUGCCAGGUUGAUCUAGAUUAUAGUGACUACAAUCAGGAGAUGCCCUAUUCUAAAAUGUGACUGAAAGUCUUAAAGUCGCAGUAUCAUGGCGUAAACCUUUUCUGUAAUCGAUAUUAAACUAUUUGGUCGUGGUAGUAGCAAGUAUGAUAACUGAUAUCGUAAAAAAUAGACAACUUUUUUGAGAGACAUGUUUCGGCAUGCUUAUACCAUAUUCAAUCAAUGAGUAACAGAACGUACUUAUAUAGGCUAGACUGAUUCCCUUCUUCAUUCAGUAAAUGGUUUGAACCCGGAGGUAACAUGUGAUAAUGUACUCUUAUGGUCCGUCUGAGUGUAGUCCUGAGAAGGACUGUUGUCGGUAGUUUACUUUGAUGAUGACUUCCGCUCAGGUUGUCGAAACGUCAGUCACCGCUACACCGACAACAUUCCUUCUCAGGACUACUGGCCCGGAAGAUCAGACUACACGACCACAUAAUUCUUCCCUGUUCUGAUUCCCAGUGUCAGAACUGGUAGUCGAAUAUUAUCUCAGUUUAAAUAAAAAACGACGUUUCAAGCGUUAGCCCUUCGUCAGAGCGAGUCUUGUUUCUGUGCAUACAUAUAACAUGCCAACGUCCUGGCUUUAAGGUGGCCUUCUCUUUAUGUUUUAGGAUCAUUCGGUUAUCGAGCCCACCUCUUUAUUGUUUUCGCUAAUUUGCUUUUGUAAUCGUUACGGUGGCCAAUUUACCAUUUCAACUUUGUUGAUAUAUCCAAAUUAUUUCGUUACUCCCACCGACGCAGCCCCAAACAGUUUCUUUCGAAACUAUCAGCCUUUAUUCAUAAAUAAAAAACGGUUACCGUAAAACGUACAUCAAAGUAAACACCGUAGUGAACUUGUUGAUUUACUGGGCAGAAUAUAGUUAGAAUAUACAGUAAUUAUACAGUAAUUAUACAGUAAUUAUACAGUAAUUAUACAGUAAUUACACUAAAAGGCGGUCCUACUGUGAUUACUAUGAACAGAGUUGAGUCUCUGACAACUAGAGAGGACUUGGGUAGCCGGUGGGUUAGUAUUCUUAAUGAUGAAAUUAUAAAAAGUUAUAUCACCCUUAUUCUAGCUUUAUUCAUCUUGAUAUGCUUGAUAUGUUAUUUUAAUUACUGUUGUUUACUUCAUGUUUUUAUGGUCAUUUUGAGUGUGAUAUACAGAUAUAGAUUGAGCAAUAUGAAUCACUACAAAACAUUAAAGUGACAAAACAAAA